CGCCCUUUCACCACUUUCUCCAAACAUAAUUCUACUCAACUCAAGAUGAAGCCCGUCGUGUCGGCGUUGAACGCCUGGUCGUGUGUUGUGAUCUCCGUUUUUGCUAUUGUUAUUCUCUCUGUUCUGGGAUCUCUAUACGGCAGCAACAACCACGCAUUCACCGGAUCCGAGGGAGAGCCUGAAGAUGGCCCUGCAGUCGCUGCUUCUAUUUACGUCGCUGUGCUAGUCUACGCCGGAUUCUUUGUUUUCUGUGGCUUCCAGGCCUACCUUCAUAUGCGCGUAAGCCGCGGCGGCGCCAUAUCACUUUAA